AUGGGUACGAUUGUCCCUGGGCAAGGGUCUAGAACCGUGCGUACAGAGGAAGCGGUUCUGAUUAUUUUGGCUGCACUUGGAGAGAAGCUUGACCCAACGAACCAUCCGAAGAAGUUUAAACAUGUUGAUGCUAUUCCACAAAGUCAGGAUACCGGGAUACAGCAGUACGCUUUUAUUGAGAAAAAGGAAAAACCAGUUCCGGAAGCAUCUGUAGUGGCGAAUCAAUCUGCCUCAGGCGAUUUGUUGCGCGAUAAUCGUCGGCUGGCUCGAUUGUUCCGCGAGAUCCGUAAAAUUUUGAUCUUCUCCGGAACCCUCGACCCGGUCCGCACAACAGCAUGCCGAAAAUGUCCGCUUCAACUUCCGCCAACAUGUCCUGAAGAUUCCCAUAGCGGAGCGAAUGAAAGCAGCCCAGGCUCUGGUCGGUCGGACGAUUUGGAAGAGAGACUGAAAAAGCUACCAGACAUCGGCUCUGAGAAAAUUCCCCUUCUAUUGGCCGGUGAGCGCGUGCAGUCGGUUCCGACCCAGGCCACACAGGAUCUGCACUUAUUAAAAUCGCCUAGUAGACCUUUGCAAACUCGGCUGGCGCUACUAUCCACAGAAACUGCCAGAGCAUAUCCCGCUGCGACUGGAACUAAUCAAACCUCCGUAAGUGCUGAGACAGAGGGAGGAUUUUUGAAGCGCUUCAUCAAAAAAAUGGGCUGGCUGGACAACUCUAAAGUCCGUCUGCGGAUGUCGAGCUGCUAUCUGUACGAAUCGGUAGCCGAUUGCGUUAACUACAACGAAUUCUUCACGUACUUCAAUAUGCCUAAUUCCUUCAACACCUGGUUCCUGAUAACCGAGCUGCAUGUGUGGAUGCUGCUGGUACGUGCCAUGGCCGAAGGACCGGAGAAGGAUGCUGCUGGUCGGUUCAUGCGUAACUGCAUAGUAGAAACAAUGUGGAAUGAUGUGACAACCCGGGUGAAGCAGCUAGCGGCUGAUAACCCGUCGGCUGUACGGCCACAAAUUCAACUUCUUUCAGAGCAAUUUCAGGCCACGCUGAUGGCUUACGACGAGGGCAUCAGCAGCGAUAACAAGGUGCUGUCGGGUGCCCUGUGGCGGAGGUUCUUCUCCAGUAGAUGCGAAGACUACGAGCAUCUGGAGCUACUAGUUAAGUACGUGAGGAGACAGAUGGAAAUGCUGGAUAAGACAGACCGUUACAAUUUUGCAAUCAAACCAACAGUGAAGUGGCUGCCGUUGAUUGAAAAACCCGGAUUGUAGAGGCUGUAAAUAUAAACGCUGGAGUGAAA